GCCAGAUUUGAUUUUCGACUCAACAAGGAAUAAAGAAAGAAAGAGGAACGAUACUGUACUGAUUCUAUCUUGUAGCUUGUACAUGUACAUACACGUUCUAUCUUAUCUACACUGCCACGAGUCGAGCCGUAUUUACUAAGUUGCGUUUCAGCAUCCGAGGGCCAAUAUGUCCGGCACUAACGAUCUGGAAGACUUGAUAUCCAGCAUUGAGGAUCGGCGGAGGAAUGUGGAUUUUGCUUGUACUUCAACGAUCAAUAUAGCCACAGAUUUGGCUGAGGCUGCAGAAUGCUACGAGGGUCACAUCGCCAACCUUGAGAAGUACACUGGUAUAUAUGCGGGGCUUGACCGGGAGGUGGAUGCAGUGAAGUCGGCACUACAGAAGAUCAGGAAAGCUGUUGCAACACAACCAGCCAGUGAGGAAGAGAUCCCAAACCUCCCCGAGCUCUUCAAGCAAUACCACUCUGAAGCUACAACAAAGCUAAACAAGAAAGACAUCGACAGCCACCGGUGGAAUGUGGAGUUUCGUCAAAAGGUUUAUGGAGGUGAUGGCGAGGCACACGGAAAGGGCGUAGCUACUGGCGACGGCGCAGAGAACGAUGAGGAUCUGGUCAUCUCGCAAGUGGAGGUAUCAACGAACUGCCCAAUCACGCAGAAGCCGUUUGUUGAACCCGUCCUGAAUAAGGACUGCCGGCAUACGUACACCAAGGAAGCCAUCCUGAGUCAUCUGCGCAAGAAGAACGGCCGCGUACGCUGCCCUGUGCUGGGUUGCGUAAAGGUAGUCACUGAAGCAGGGCUUGUACCGGAUCAUGCGCUGCAGGGCAAGUUGCGAAGACAAAAGAAUGCCCUUCCAGCCAGAGGUAAGUAAUGAUGUACGUUCAAUUCAUCCCAGGGCCAGGGCAAACAUUUUUUUUUAUAAAGCAAUGCUGGCCAUAUGCACAGCAUAUCGAUAGGAACUUGUCCCACCGGUGUUAUAACUUAGGCAUUCCAUCCCAUUUUCAAUGACGUCUGAUCUGUUCUCCGUAGUAUCGCCCGAGGGCAGUGCUGGCAUUGACCCACCCAUACACAGUCACAACUUUCCUUCUUUAAAAAAAAUGAAACAAACAUUUUGCAUCCUCAUAAUAACACAGCUAUUCUUUUGAGAUAAACCAUAAGACUUUUUUUGUGGCAAAAAUGGUACCGUCUUGCUUUGCAUUUGCGGUGAUUAGGUGCUAAGACAGAUUGUUACCAGUUCUUCGGUUUGUAUGUACAUUGUGCUACUUCUGUUAGUGGCUAUAGUGCACAGCAGCAGCAGCUGUUGUGCGUGUGUGUGUAGUACUAAUCCAGCAUGUACGGCAGUGUCCUAAAGAGUGAUAUAAAUGGCAUACAUUGACACAUACCUACAAGACGGCGAA